GUGGGAAACGCACCUCAAGAACGUCACGUCAUCGGGAUGACGUCAUCACCACAUGAUAAUUUUAAUAGAGAGUGAAUUAUAUAUUUAUGUGUGUAAAAUGAUCAGAAAUAGCAAAUAUACACAGACAGGAUAUAUACAUACUACUAUCCCAGAAUUCCCCUCAGGUGUAUAAUGGAGGCUCCAGAACAUGUUCCCCGGACGUGGACUGUAAUGGAGAUUCAGGGGUUAAUGGACCUCAUCCGGGAUAUGGGCUUCACCCAGAUACUCGCCGGCAACCGCUGCCAGAACCUGGAGGUGUAUGAGACGCUGUGUAUGUUACUGGCGCGCCGCGGCAUCCAGAUCAGCCCGCUGGCGUUACGGACACACUGGCGUGUUCUAAAAUCAAGGUACUGGAAUCAGAAGCGCUUGGUGGACGCGGGGGCGAUGCCGCUUUGUGCCGCUUCAGUGGAUUGCCCCUUCUAUGAAGACAUGGAGCAGUUACUGAGUCCAGAGGGCAGAGACAGAUGCUGGAGAAGGGAAGCGGACAGCUCUGGCCUGGAGGCGCCGGAUUCCCCGUCAAUCCCAACGCCUGACAGUGAAGACCAUACGACUUCUACCAACAGCCCUGAGGCAGAUGAGGGGGCAGGAACGGCCGAGGGGGCUCCGCCAGGAGAUGUUCCGGGGAAUGCAGCGGGUACCGGUGGUCCGGUGGUUAUGCUGUGCCAUACAGUAGAUCGGCUGGUGGAUGUGGUGGCGCGCCUAUCUGAUGUGAGCGAGCAGCUUUCCAUUCAGCUGGGAUAUAUAUGCUCUGCUCCUCAGAGGAUGACCCGCCAGCCGUAUAGCGUGCCAUCGGAGAGGCGCCACCCCCGCAGGCCAGCACACAACCUGGCCGGACAUUCCAUUUCGUGCUCUGAGACACUCGGUCAGAGACCGCCCAUGAGGAGACGUGGCCUGGGACGCUUGGGCAGACACCACCCAUGAGGAGAUGAGGCCAGAUGAUGUUUGUUACGCUGGUAGUUCGGUUGCACGUUGGUAGAGUAGGCAGCGUUUCUGGUGACCAGUUCACAAUGGUGCCGUUGUACUUUCUCUGGCAGCGUUUUUACUUUUUUUCUUGUUUCUGUGAAUAAUAGCUUUUAUUUUGUAAUAAUAAUAAUAAUAGUUU